CCAGUGCGGCAGUAGUAGCUACCAGCGAGUCGCUAAUUUUGUCCAAAAAGGCGCUAUAUUUGUCGCUUGUUUUUUAAAAAAAAGUCGCUAAAGUUGGCAAAACGUAAACUCUAUAUAACCCGAUAUGAAAUGUGUGAGUAGAAAAACAUGCGGCCACUCACGCGGAAAAAAGCCCCUCCUACUAGUUCAAUGGUAAAGCUUUUUUGUGAUCUUUAAAUCAUGAGCAAGUGGAAAUUCUCAACUUAUUGCGCGUUUGCUUCGAACCAGGACCACUACAUUCAAAACAAAAUGUUGGCUGCUACCCGAAGACUUCCAAGGUUUUUGCUAAUAUUCAGUUUAGUACUGAACUGCACUAUAGGUGCUGACACUGGCUGCGAUGACUGGACUCUUAAUGGAAGUGAUGUCUGCUGCAAGAAAUGCAAGCCAGGGAACCGCUUGGUGGAGAGAUGUGGAAGAGACCCAGAACAUCUUUGUACCCCCUGUAAACCUGACACUUACACAACCAGUCAUGAAUACUACUGUUUGAGAUGUACCCAGUGCAUAGGUAAACAGUUUACGCUUAAACAGUGCACUAUCAGCAGCGAUACCGUCUGUGGAUGCAAGGCCGGAUAUCGGUGUGGAAAUGACAAAUGUUCUUUCUGUGUUACGGAAUGCAAGGAGGGAGAGGAGCCAACCGAAGAACGAUCUUGCAGAAAAUGUCCAGAGGGAAAAUUCAACGAUAAGAUCCACAGUGUGUGCAAAGAAUGGACAAAAAAAGAAAAUUGUCCUGAUGGACAGACUUUGGUCAAAGGAAAAUGUUACCAGCGACAGUAUGUGCACACAUUUAGAAGGUAA